GGAAGCCGCCGCUUGUUGACACUUCGCAGGCGACAAUGGCGACCGAAGUGAGGCAGGAGCUUGCACAGCUGAUGAAUUCAACCGGAUCCCACAAAGACCUCGCUGCCAAAUAUCGACAAAUAUUGGAGAGGGCCAUUAACUUUACAGAUGCAGAUCAGCUGGAAUCCUUGAAGGGUUUUGUUGAAGCAAUGGUCAAUGAAAAUGUCAGCUUGGUCAUCUCGAGACAACUGCUCACAGAUUUCUGCACACAUCUGCCCAACCUGCCAGAUGCCACGGCCAAAGCAGUGUAUCACUUUACUUUGGAAAAGAUUCAGCCGAGGGUCAUCUCCUUCGAGGAGCAGGUAGCUUCAAUCAGACAGCACUUAGCAACCAUUUAUGAAAAGGAGGGAGACUGGAGGAACGCUGCCCAGGUUUUAGUUGGUAUUCCCCUGGAAACAGGACAGAAGCAAUACAAUGUUGACUAUAAGUUGGAUACAUACUUGAAAAUUGCCCGUCUCUACCUGGAAGAUGACGAUCCAGUGCAGGCUGAGGCCUACAUCAACAGAGCCUCAUUACUUCAGAAUGAGUCCUCUAAUGAACAGCUGCAGAUACACUAUAAGGUGUGCUAUGCGAGAGUCCUAGACUUCAGGAGGAAGUUCAUUGAAGCUGCACAAAGAUACAACGAGCUGUCCUAUAAGUCAAUUGUACACGAGAGUGAACGUCUAGAAGCACUGAAACAUGCACUCAACUGCACUAUACUGGCCUCUGCAGGCCAGCAGCGUUCCCGUAUGUUGGCUACUCUCUUUAAGGACGAGCGAUGUCAACAGCUGGCGGCCUAUGGUAUCCUGGAGAAGAUGUAUCUUGACCGGAUCAUCCGAGGAAACCAGCUCCAGGAGUUUGCUGCAAUGCUGAUGCCUCACCAGAAGGCCACCACAGGAGAUGGUGUUCUCACUUCUUCAGGCUCCAGCAUCCUGGACCGAGCUGUGAUCGAACACAACCUCCUGUCCGCAAGUAAACUCUACAACAACAUCACUUUUGAAGAACUAGGAGCAUUGUUGGAAAUUCCUCCAGCAAAGGCUGAGAAGAUUGCUUCCCAAAUGAUCACCGAAGGACGCAUGAAUGGCUUCAUCGACCAGAUAGACAGCAUCGUACACUUUGAGACCCGUGAACCUCUUCCUACCUGGGACAAACAGAUCCAGUCUCUGUGUUUCCAAGUCAACAACCUCUUAGAAAAGAUCCGUACAGUUGCUCCAGAGUGGGCUGCACAGGCUUUGGAAAACCAGAUGACCCAGUAAACAUUCCCAUCCUGCCCUAAAAAAAGAAAAGAUACUCCCUCCCUCGGCCUGCUCCAAAGUUCUAUCUGCCUGCUCAACAACGUCACCACUUGACGUCUGCUCCAACACAAAACCCUCUGGUUUUCUCUUUUGGAAAAAUUUUCAGAGAGCACUGUUUUAUUAACUUUGCCCACUGGGAUAAUAGUUCAAUGUUUCUCAAAUACUUCAGAUCUGUAAUUGCAAUUGUUGUAUUCACAGGAGAGAUAUUAUAUAACGUUUGUCUUUGACUUUGGAUAUGAUUCAUUAAAAACUUUUCAUGUCCUAGGGUCAAAAAGAUGUGAAAAGUCUGUCUGUUUAAGCUUUUGUGUUGAAAACAUUGUUUUGUUAACUUAAUGUAAUGACACAGCAAUGUCCAUCUGUACUCAAGGACUCUUCUCAGUCCACCCUCAUGAAAUUACAGCACAAAGAAUUAAAUUCAAAGCUGAGAGAAA